CGCAGUGUGUGGGCGGCGGCGGCGGCGGCGGCCUGGCAGCCGCGGACUGGCCUUAGAGGGGCUGCCCUGGCCUACCCUGGCCCGCCUGCAGCCCCUGAGAGGCUGAGUGACUACAGGUAGCCCGGGCCGGGGCGCCGCCGCCGCGGGACCCCGAAGCGCGGGUGUGCACUCCCCGCCCCCUGGCCCCGCCCCCGCCGCCAGCCAGGGUGUCCCCCAUCCGGGGUCUGGCUCGCGCUGGCGGGCCCCCUUCCGCCGACCGUCGUGGCCACCGGCUUUUGGAGGGGCCCCAUGUAAUCUUGUGGGGUGCUACCCGUUCAUCCGUGCAUCCAGCUCCAGGCUUGCCCUAGGACCCAGCCCUGCCUUGUCUCCUGUUCCCAGCUGCUCACCCAGGACCAACCAUGGCCUUGGGGGGGCCCAUGGUGCUGCGGAUGAAGGCAUCACUCCCCUUCCUGUCCCCAUUGCUGCUGCUGCUCCUGCCCUUUCCCCACAGGGUGUUACCAGCUGUGGGGCCCCUCCAUACCUUCUCUGCUGCUGACACAACCUUGACCCACCUGGCUGUGCACCGGGGAACGGGGGAAGUGUUCGUGGGAGCUGUGAACCGGGUGUUCAAGUUGUCCCCGAACCUCACAGAGCUCCGUGCCCACAUUACGGGCCCCAUCGAAGACAAUGCCCGAUGCUAUCCCCCUCCAAGUAUGCGGGUCUGCACUCAUCACUUGGUACCCACCGACAACAUCAACAAACUGCUACUCAUUGACUAUGCCAGUCGGCGCCUGGUGGCCUGUGGCAGCAUCUGGCAGGGCAUCUGCCAGUUCCUUCGCCUUGAUGAUCUUUUUAAACUGGGGGAGCCUCAUCAUCGCAAGGAACACUAUCUUUCGGGGGCCCAGGAACCAGACACCAUGGCCGGGGUCAUUGUGGAACAGGGGGCAGAGCUUAGCAAACUCUUCAUUGGCACGGCCAUCGACGGCAAGUCUGAGUACUUCCCCACUCUCAGCUCCCGUAAGCUCAUCCGAGACGAGGACAGUGCCGACAUGUUCAGCCUGGUGUACCAGGAUGAGUUUGUCUCCUCACAGAUCAAGAUCCCCUCAGACACCCUGUCCCUGUACCCGGCUUUUGACAUAUACUACGUGUACGGCUUCGGGAGCACAUCCUUCGUCUACUUCUUGACACUGCAGCUGGAUACACAGCAGACGCUCCUCGACACGGCGGGCGAGAAAUUUUUCACGUCCAAGAUCGUGCGCAUGUGUGCUGGUGACUCGGAGUUCUACUCCUAUGUGGAGUUCCCCAUUGGCUGUUCCCGAGACGGCGUGGAGUUCCGCCUGGUACAGAGCGCCCACCUGGCCAAGCCCGGCCCCCAGCUGGCUCAGGCCCUGGGGGUGUCGGAGGAUGAGGAUGUGCUCUUCACCAUCUUCUCCCAGGGCCAGAAGAACCGUGCCAGCCCACCACGCCAGACGCUCCUUUGCCUCUUUACGCUCAGGGACAUCAAUGCCCACAUUCGGCGCCGUAUCCAGUCUUGCUACCGGGGAGAGGGCAAGCUGUCUCUGCCCUGGCUGCUGAAUAAGGAACUGCCUUGUAUCAAUACACCCAUGCAGAUAAAUGGCAAUUUCUGUGGCCUGGUCCUCAACCAGCCCUUGGGUGGGCUGCAGGUGAUCGAAGGGCUGCCCCUGCUCGAGGACCGCUCAGAUGGUAUGGCCAGUGUGGCUGCCUAUACCUACCACCAGCAUUCAGUCGUCUUCAUUGGCACCCGCAAUGGCAACCUUAAGAAGGUUCGCGUGGAUGGCAUCCAGGAUGCCCAUCUGUAUGAGACAGUGCCUGUGGCCAAGGGGAGACCCAUCCUCCGAGAUCUGCUGUUCAGCCCCGACCAUCAGUACAUCUACCUCCUGAGUGACAAGCAGGUGAGCCAGGUCCCUGUGGAGACAUGUGGGCAGUAUCUUCACUGUGGGGCAUGCCUGGGCUCUGGGGAUCCCCACUGUGGCUGGUGUGUACUCCACAACAAAUGCUGCCGGGAGAGGGAGUGCCCUCGGGCUUGGGAGCCACACCGCUUCACCGAAGUGCUCAGCGAAUGCGUCCGCGUCUCCGUCCAGCCCAGCAAUGUGUCGGUCACGGUGCCGGAGGUGCAGGUGACUGUGUUGGUGGAGAACGUGCCUGACCUGAAUGGGGGCGUGAGCUGCUCCUUUGAGGCCAUGGCUGAGAGCGAGGCCUCCCUGCUGUCCCCAGGGGAAUUGCGCUGCCUCUCUCCCUCCCUGCGGGACAUCCCUGCCAUCACUGGUGGGCGAGGUGCCACAGCCACUGUCCAGCUUUACCUGCGCUCCCGAGAGACCGGCUUCCAGUUUGCCCAGGCUGAUUUUGUGUUCUACAACUGCAGCACCUUCCAGUCGUGUUUGUCCUGUGUCAGCAGCCCCUACCCCUGCCACUGGUGUAAGUACCGCCACAUUUGCACAGACAACGCCCAAGAGUGCUCCUUCCAGGAGGGACGGGUCAAUACUACUGAGGGCUGCCCUGAGAUUCUGCCCAGUGGGGAGAUCUUGAUCCCUGUGGGUGUGGUUCAGCCUCUCACGCUUCGGGCCAAGAAUCUGCCCCAGCCCCAGUCCGGGCAGAAGAACUACGAGUGUGUCUUCCGAAUCCAGGGCAGGCAGCAGCGGGUGCCCGCCAUACGCUUCAAUAGUAGCAGCGUACAGUGCCAGAACACCUCGUACUCCUAUGAGGGAGAUGCACAGGGAGCUGUGGCCCUAGAUUUUUCCGUGGUCUGGGAUGGUGACUUCUACAUCGACAAGCCAGAUAACUUCAAAGCCCUUUUGUACAAGUGCUGGGCCCAGAGGGAGAGCUGUGGGUUGUGUCUGAAGGCCGACCCCCACUUCGAAUGUGGCUGGUGCAUUUCUGAGAAGAAGUGCCAAUUGCGAGCCCAUUGUCCCGCACCCAAGGGCAACUGGAUGCACCCCAGCAAGAGGAACCCACGCUGCAGCCACCCACGCAUCACCAAGAUCUACCCUGUGAAGGGCCCCAAAGAAGGGGGCACACAGGUGACGGUCUUGGGGGAGAACCUAGGCCUGACGUACCAUGAAGUUGGCGUACGGGUAGCAGGUGUUCGCUGCAAUUCCAUUCCUGCUGCCUAUGUCAGUGCUGAGCGGAUAGUGUGUGAGAUGGAGGAGUCUCUGGUGCCUAGCCCACUGCCAGGGCCUGUGGAGCUGUGUGUGGGUGACUGCUCCACUGACUACCGGACCCAGUCGGAGCAGCUGUACACUUUUGUGAUGCCAGCUUUUGACCAUGUGAGCCCCAGCCAAGGGCCAGCCUCUGGAGGUACCCAGCUCACCAUCUCCGGCAGCCACCUGGAUGCAGGGAGCACUGUGGCUGUGGCUGUGAGGAACAGAGAAUGCCAGUUUGUGAGGAGAAGCGCCAGGGAGAUAUUGUGCAUCUCCCCCAGCUCAGUCCUGGGUCCCAGCCAGGCCACCAUCACGGUCCGCAUUGACCAUGCCAACAUCUCCAGCCCGGCUGUGCUCUACACCUACACUCAGGAUCCCACCAUCACCCUCCUGGAACCAGCUUGGAGCAUCUUUAAUGGCAGUACCACGAUCACUGUAACUGGGACCCACCUGCUAACAGUCCAGGAGCCCCGAGUUCGAGCCAAGUACCGUGGCAUCGAGACAGUCAAUACCUGCCAGGUGCUUAACGACACUGUCAUGCUCUGCAAGGCCCCCGGCAUCUUCUAUGGGCAGUCCCACCCGCCCUCUGAAGGGGAGCAUCCAGAUGAGUUUGGCUUCCUGCUAGAUCACGUGCAGGCUGCCCGGACCCUGGACCGCUCGGCCUUCACCUACUACCCAAACCCCAGCUUCGAGCCCCUUGGACCCACAGGCACCUUGGACAUCAAGCCGGGCUCCCAUAUCAUUCUCAAGGGGAAGAACCUCAUCCCAGUAGCAUCAGGCAGCUCCCGGCUCAACUACACCGUGCUGAUUGGGGGCCAGCCAUGCACUCUCACUGUCUCUGACACUCAGCUUCUGUGUGACUCACCAAGCCAAACUGGCAAGCAGCCCGUCAUGAUCCUGGUAGGGGGCCUGGAGUUCUGGCCGGGGACGCUACACAUCUAUGCAGAUCGGGCGCUGACCCUGCCCGCCAUGGCUGGCCUCGGAGCAGGCGGCGGGCUGCUGCUUCUUGCCAUCGGGGCCGUCCUCAUCGCCUAUAAGCGCAAGACCCGAGAUGCUGACCGUACCCUCAAGCGGCUGCAGCUCCAGAUGGACAACCUGGAGUCUCGGGUGGCCCUGGAGUGCAAGGAAGCCUUUGCUGAGCUGCAGACAGAUAUCAACGAGCUGACCAACAACAUGGAUGGGGUCAAGAUUCCCUUCCUCGAUUAUAAGACCUACGCCAUGCGAGUGUUGUUCCCCGGCAUUGAGGAGCACCCCGUGCUCAAGGAACUGGAUACCCCUCCCAACAUGGAGAAGGCACUACACCUGUUCGGGCAGCUGCUGCAUAGCCGGGCCUUUGUGCUGACCUUCAUCCACACCCUGGAGGCCCAGAGGAGCUUUUCUAUGCGUGACCGAGGCAACGUGGCAUCCCUCACCAUGGUGGCACUGCAGGGCCGGAUGGAUUAUGCCACUGGUCUGCUCAAGCAACUGCUCGCCGACCUCAUCGAAAAGAACCUGGAGAGCAAGAACCACCCUAAGCUGCUGCUGCGCAGGACAGAAUCAGUAGCAGAGAAGAUGCUGACUAAUUGGUUCACAUUCCUGCUACAUCGUUUCUUGAAGGAGUGUGCGGGGGAACCUCUCUUCAUGCUCUUCUGCGCCAUUAAGCAGCAGAUGGAGAAGGGGCCCAUCGACGCCAUCACAGGGGAGGCCCGCUAUUCCCUAAGUGAAGACAAGCUCAUCCGCCAGCAGAUCGACUACAAGAUGCUGACCCUGCACUGUGUGUGUCCUGAGAGCGAGGGCAGCGUUGAGGUCCCUGUGAAAGUCCUCAACUGUGACACCAUCACCCAGGCCAAGGACAAGCUGCUGGACACCGUGUACAAGGGCAUUCCCUACUCCCAGCGCCCCAAGGCGGAUGACAUGGACUUAGAAUGGCGUCAGGGUCGAGUGACCCGCAUCAUCCUGCAGGAUGAGGAUGUCACCACUAAGAUCGAGUGUGACUGGAAGAGACUCAACUCCUUGGCGCAUUACCAGGUGACAGAUGGCUCCUCAGUUGCCCUGGUGCCCAAGCAAGUAUCUGCCUACAACAUUGCUAACUCGUUCACCUUCACCCGUUCUCUCAGCCGCUAUGAAAGCCUGCUUCGCACCUCCAGCAGUCCAGAUAGUCUCCGCUCGCGAGCACCCAUGAUCACACCUGACCAGGAAACGGGUACAAAGCUGUGGCACUUGGUCAAAAACCAUGACCACGCUGACCACAGGGAGGGCGACCGGGGCAGCAAAAUGGUGUCUGAGAUCUACCUGACUCGACUGCUGGCAACCAAGGGAACCCUGCAGAAGUUCGUAGAUGACCUCUUUGAGACGGUGUUCAGCACUGCCCACCGGGGCUCAGCCCUGCCACUUGCCAUUAAAUACAUGUUUGACUUCCUGGAUGAGCAGGCAGACCGGCAGCAGAUUGCAGACCCUGAUGUGCGACACACCUGGAAAAGCAAUUGCCUCCCUCUCCGCUUCUGGGUGAAUGUGCUCAAGAAUCCACAGUUUGUGUUCGACAUUCACAAGAACAGUAUCACAGAUGCCUGCCUGUCGGUGGUGGCCCAGACCUUCAUGGAUUCGUGCUCCACCUCUGAGCACCGGCUGGGCAAGGAUUCGCCCUCCAACAAGCUCCUCUAUGCCAAGGAUAUCCCCAACUACAAGACCUGGGUGGAGAGGUACUAUCGAGACAUCUCAAAGAUGGCAUCAAUCAGUGACCAAGACAUGGACGCCUACCUCGUGGAACAGUCUCGCCUCCAUGCCAAUGACUUCAACACCCUCAGUGCCCUCAGCGAGCUCUACUUCUACAUCAACAAGUACCGGGAAGAGAUCCUCACUGCCCUGGACCGAGACGUCGGUUGCCGAAAGCAGAAGCUGCGGGGCAAGUUGGAACAGGUCAUCAGUCUGGUGUCCAGCAAUAGCUGAGGGGUGGGGAAGGGGGACCCAGCAGCCCAGCCCCUUCUCUCUGCCUCCUCCCCACAGCCCACCCCCCCUUCCCUCUUCUGCCUCUUCCCCACAGCCCACCCCCCUUCUCUCUUCUGCCUCCUCCCAAGGGGGCCCUUUCUCCGUGCUACCCCGAGUCAGGGGAGACUGCAAACAGACAGGCCUCCCUUCACCCUCAAGAGUUAGAAGAGGGAGACAGGCUGGGCACAUCUGGGUAGAACUGCGCCUGCCCCACACACAUACCCCAAAUGGGGAAGGGGGCAGAGUGGAACCCUGGCCUCGUGAAGGGGAGGGUCUUUACUUAGUGCCUUUCUUUUUUGGGGGGGGUGGGAGGCCAACGCUAUUUGGUAGGCCCCCCAGCCAACAGCAGCAAUACCCCCAGAGAUGGACCCCCAAUUCUGCCGCCUCCCUCCCUGACCUUUGUGUGUGCUAAUCCCAGGUGUUAUCACCCACCCACCAUAUUUAUAGCCCCUCCCCUUCCCCCAGCCCUGACUUGGCCUAUUUAUUUAAUUUUGACCCUUCCCUGUAAAUAUUCUUCCUGCCCGAGGGUGGCUAAUACAGCGCCCACCCAGUGGGGAUGGAGAUGGGUGGGCAGCCUGGGCCAAGGCCACUUUCUGCCCAGCCUCUUGGCCCCUCUCCUUGUGUGUGUACCUGUCUGGUGGGCAUGGGGCCACCUUCUGACUAGUUGGGUAAAUGGAAGCCUCCCCUGCCAGCUGGGGUGCAGGGAAGGGGCCCCAGAAGGGGAGUGGGAGGGAAGCCCUUGCAUUUUGGCCCUCAGUUUCCUCUCAAGAGCAAAAGCAUUGAGGUAGAUGAACUCUAAGGGCCCUCCCAGUGCCAGGCAGCCAUCCCCCCUCUGUACGAAGCAAAGCAAUAACAAGGGUUUACCUGGUGCCACCUCCUCCCCACCCCACCCCUCCAGAGAGCCCUGCCCCGACUCGGCAGACACUGGGCUGGGUGCGGGCCCAGGGCCAGUGCCGCUGCCUUUCCCUCCCUCCCUCCCAGGGGCAGUGCCUUUCACCUGCCUUGGGGAGGCUCCCAGUUGCUUGGUCAGACAUAACCUGCACCCUCAUGCCCCCAGCUGGGAGAGCUCUGAGUGCCCGAGGGGAAAGAGGCCUGGACGCCUGGGCUGGGAGGAAGGCCUGUCUGCCAUCUGCUAGAGGCCGUGCCUUAUUCCCUCAUUCAUUCUGUCCACUGCCCCGAAGUGGAGACGUUUUCUGUACAAAGCCAAGCGACUGGUUGGUCUGCCCUGUAAAUAAGUGUCUGGUUGUCCCCCCAGUCUCACUGUCUUUUGUCUCUUCCCCUUCCGCAUGAGCUGUUUCUUUUUUAAUUUUGUAAUUAUUUUCUUAAAAUGCCUGGAAAAGAAGUGGCUUUUGGCCCUCUGCUUUUGGGGCAUUUUGUCCCUUUCAUCCAUGCCCUCUGGGAAGCUAUGUGUACAGCUUUGGGCCUUAGGAUUCACCCUGGAGGAUGUGGGCACCCUGACACCAGGUAUGAAGAAACUCUGCCAGGAUUUGGAAGGAAGGGCCCCGUGGAUCCAGACAGACCACUUGGUGGGGCUCCUCACACAAUAGGUGCUUUGGAAAGCUGCUGGAGGAUGCCAGGGAAUUUGGCUUCAGGAAGUGUGCGGAGCCAUUUGGCCACCUUCAUCUGUUACUUCUUCAGGUCUUGUCUAGAAAUGUGUGUGCAGGGUGGGAGCCCUGCCUUGGCUAACCCUCCCUUUUCAUUUCCGUGGUCUCUUACAGACCUUUCAAGGGUGGGAUCUACCCUGGAUCACUUUUUUUUUUUAAUAAUAAAGUGCUAUCAUGGUGAAAA